CUCUGCUACAGUGGUAAAGUUGGUACAUUCACAUUAUUGUUGUACGAGCUCUUAUCCAAUGCAUUAGUUAUCUUUUUAUUGUGUUUAUUCUAUUAUUUUUAUUUUAUUUAAAGUGUACUGUGAAAUGUCAUGCAAGGGGGCAAGUCUUCAAAAAUUAACCAAACAUGAUGUUAUUGGAUUUAGCAAUAAUUCUAUUUUGAAUAGCAUGGAACGAUUUAUUCAAACAGUAUGUGAGAUGGAAGAUACGAUUUUAAUUCCCAGUCGACUUCUAGAUUUAACAGUAGGCGAUUCACAGGAUAGGCUUCAGUUAGGGGACAAACGUAGUUCUAUUAUCAACGCAACUUUGGCUAAUACCAAUUUAUAUCACCUUUAUAACGUCAUUAAUCAAAUGAAAAUCGAGAUCUUAUGGUCACAGGAUUGUAUGGAUAAUUUUCAAGAAACAGAGGAUGAUUUUGUUGUGCCACCAGAAAAAGUAAAACGCGUUAGGACUUCGAGUAGUACGUCCAUGUAUAGUAUGCAAAGUAUCUAUACCUCCUCUAAUUCAGAAUCCGACACUUUUAUUGAAAAUAAUUUUGGAGCGGAAAAUGAGAAUGACGUUAGUGCCACUGCACAGUCUUUUAAGAAGCAUUUACGUGGAUUACAUCGUAACAUACAAAAGAUGACAUUGGCUGCUGAAUAUUUGAUACUAAGAUAUCAAAAUGUUAUCGAUCAUCGAACAUGAUCAUUUCUUGAGCGGUUGAAAGUAUGUUAAAUAUAUGUAUUAAUUUUAUUUAGCGAAAUAUUUAAACAAAUAUCGGUACUAAAUAAAUUGUACACAUUGCAUACAUGCACAUACAUUGAUAUUUAAUGUACUGUUCUUGAAUUAUAUUUAUUAAACAUUAAAUAAAAGUUAAAAUUUGGUCUUGACCUCAACUAACACGUCAUGAUGAUACGAGUACGUACCAUUAAUAAUAGUAGUUCAAUUGUGUAACAGGCCUUGAUAUUACCUUGUCAUAUAUGUACAUAUGUACUGUUAAUUUCAAAUUUAGCUCCAAAUUUAUAUAUCGAUAUUACUAAACAAAAAUAAGCUAAAUUCAUGCUAUAGGGUAACCAUAUUACAUAUAUAUGUGUGUGUGUGUGUGUGUGUGUACUUUAUAUAUGUAUAUAUACAUACAUACAAUAUACGCAUUUGGACGCAUCAUAUGAACGGAAUAAAACGAUAGUAACGACAUCUGUAGAUAUUUCUUUUUUUUAAUAUGAAAAUAAAAUACCGCCAAUUCAAUGUU